AUGAGGAAGGGCACCCUGACCAUCCCGCUCGUCGAGGACCACCCAGUGGAGGACAGCCCCACCCUGGAGGUCCUGGGGGCACAAGAGGAGCGAGGGAGGGUCCCCUACCGGGAAGGCUGGCUGUUUCUAAGCUCCUACUGGAAGCAAGUGGUGACUGAUGGGGAGACCUGCCUACUGGACACGGCAGGCCAGGAGAGUCAGCAACAUGGAGACCAGUACAUGAGCACCAGAGAGGGCUUUCCUCUGGGUGUUUGCAUCAACAAUACCGAGUCCUUCAAGGGCAUCCACCAGCCCUGGGAACAGAUCAAGUGGGCGAAGGACUCGGAUGACAUACCUGUGGUGCUGGUGGGAACAAGUGUGACCUGGUCACGGUACCAUGGAGUCUCAGCAGGCCAGAACCUCACCCAAAACUGCAGCAUCUCCUGCAUGCAGCUGCUCUACCUCUGGCUGCAGCUAAGGGUCCCCCUGAAGCCCACUGCGAUUCCUGUGACCCAGCAGCCCCUCAAGCUAGCGCCCCAAAGUCCCGGUCAGCCCUGA